AUGAGAGACGAUGGUGUCGAUUGGUUGGACAGAAGCUGGAGUGAGAGCCGAUUUGGCGGAACAGUUGUUUCGAUUCACAUCGCCGAGCGCUUGCAGUGCACAGUGAUCAGCCAUAUAAUCACCAGUGUUAGGCACUACAAUGCCUUCCCAGCAGAUCGUGGAAAUGGAGUGCCACGACCGAGCAUUUGCGACACCUUCUUCAUCAAAUUCGACUGGUUGCCCGGAACGAGGAGCGUCCUUAAGAUCGAAUUUGCGAGCUGUCAACUGGCAAGUGGCAGAUGUAUGCAGCAUACCCAACAUCAUCAUGAUAGUACUUUUUCUGGUGCAGUUAGAAGCAGUGCUGCUACUGGCAGCACUAUCGACGCAGAAUCGGUUGAGGAGAAAAUUUCGCGACUCAUCAGCGAAAACGAAGCCAUCGUACAGCCAAGUCAGUUGACUCAUCGAUCUAUAAAAACCGUUCGCACCAUAUCAAGGGAAGGUGGACAUUGGGACACGCGGUGUCGUGACAGCCUGUAA